AUGUAUGGAAGCGAGAAACAAGUAACCAUUUAUGUGACAACAUAUAAUAACCUCGGCUCCAAUAACCACACUAACAAUUUGUGCGCCAACAGAGAUGAACCACACGAUGAGUAUGAUGCAGACCUUUGUCCUAGUGAAGAAAGCUAUCACAGUCAUCUCAGUUCCGAUAAUGAAGACGAUCUAAUGAAUGAUGAUGAUGAAGUUUACUCAUUUAGUAAGAAUAGUAUAAGCAUGGAAGUCGACUCAAAAUUUAAAAAUGUGGUUGAUUGUAGGAGAGCUUUGAACCACUUUGCAGUGACAAAUGAGUUUAACUAUUACAUUAAAAAAAGUGACCCGACACGAUUCACAGCAAGGUGUGAAAACCUAGAGUACGAGUGGAGAAUUCAUGCGUCUAUUUCACAAGAUGAAGUUACCUUUGAAAUAAGCGUUAAGAAAAUGGUAAAAGUACAUACUUGCACUCGCAACAACAAGGGUGGCAAUAAGCGUGCCACUCAAGGAUGGUUGUCACUUAAAAGGAAAGUCCAAUAG